CUGCCCUCUCCCACCCACCCCUUCAUCCCCCCCUCCCUUUAUUUUUUUCCUCAGAGAGCGAGCGAUGGCACAAGAGACGAAUCAGACGCAGGUUCCGAUGCUUUGCGCCACGGGAUGCGGCUUCUACGGGAAUCCCCGUACCAACGGCAUGUGCUCCGUCUGCUAUAAGGAGCACCUGCAGCGGCAGCAAGCGGGCGGGCGGAGCAGCCCACCGGGUGAUAAAGCUGCCACAUCUCCAUCUGGGUCUCCAGGAGCUCCCACUGUAACUGUGGAGACGGAACCUGACCCUGUGUCUGAAGUAGUGGCUCCUUCAGAGGAGACCAGCUCGUCCAGUCCGGUCACUCAACAGAUGACCGCCAUGAGCAUCUCCCAGGACUCUGCAGCCACAGACUCAGACCGAGCCGACGCCGAUGGGGAAGAGGAAGAUGGAGCGUCGUCCAAAAGCACAGGUCCAGCUGCAGAAGCAGCACAGACCUCCUCAGAUGGAGAUCAGACACCUGACAAGAGCAAGAAGAAGAACCGAUGCUUCAGCUGCAGGAAAAAAGUUGGACUUACAGGUUUUGACUGUCGCUGCGGUAACCUGUUCUGCGCCGUCCACCGCUACUCUGACAAACACGACUGUCCGUACGACUACAGAGGAGCAGCGGCCGCUCAGAUCCGCAAAGAGAACCCCAUUGUGGUGGCAGAGAAGAUCCAGAAGUUAUGAGGACCGAGGGGAAAAAAAACAACGGACACUUGUUUGACCUGCAGGUUUCAUCAGAACAACGACGGCACCGAUUUCCGAUCUAGCUUCUUUUCUCCAUCGUAGGACUAAGCGCUGCACACUGCAUCUCCACUGACCCUCUCUUAGUGAUGUAACUGUGUGUGUGCGUGCGCGCGCGUGUGUGUGUGUGUGUGGGGGGUCGAAAGUCAAGGGGGGUGAUUCGGUCUGGUGGGCGCUUUGUUUUUGUUUUUGUUUUAAAGGGAGGACAUUUACAUUUUCUUUUCUCAGGCCGUGCUAGUUUAGAGAGGGAGGUUUAUGGGGCAAAGACUUUCAGCAUUUUAGUCCUUUUAUGAUUUUUUUUUUUUUUUUUUUUGUCAUUGAUUUAUCAGUUUAUCAGAAUUUCUCUUUCAACUUGAAGUUUAUUUCUCUCAUUUUUCCCCCUUUCCUGUUUUGCUGAGCGUAUGAAAGCGUUCUCAGAGGAUCUAUAUUAAUAUAUUGUAGUUAGAUCGAA